GCCUGAUGUUGCCUGGUGGCUACCUACGUGCCUUCGCCAUCACCAAAUCAUAGUCGCAACAUAAGUACCACAUCAAGUUCUGCACAUAGUACAACAAACGGCAGCCACUUCUCUGUAGCAUCAGAUUACACUAUGGCAUUCACAAACACUCCUCUCUACGGUGGCGCAAUAACCCUCGACCUCCCCUCCAACUUCGCCGACGCAUCGCAGAUCCGCCAGAUCCCUGACCACCAAGAAGUCUACCUCGACAGCAACGGCUAUUCUAGUAUCGUCGUCGAGAUACUAGAGUAUGUCGAAAAGAGCAAUGAUGAAGAAGCUUUGCAGUAUCAUUUUGGCGAUCUAGUCGAAGACACCGGCGACCAGACUACGAUCAUCUCGCAAGACCGUGCUGCGAUGAAAUCUUUGCCGAACAACUCAGUCUUGACAUUGACAUUCAUCCAAACCCCACCAACACCCAACCCACACCCCAAUCGGAAGACUCCCGAGUUCACAUAUAUUCACCUCAUUCUUCUUCGCCUCAAAGAGCAAGGUACCGAUGUAAGUAGCAUACCUUUCACCCAAACCUCCAUUAUGAUCUCAAUCAACAUUCCGCACUACCCGGGCGAGUUCACUCCAGCAGAGCAGCAAGGUGACGAGACGCCAUUGAUGAAGGAUAGUAAAGCGGUGAGAGAGAGGGUAUUGGAGAGCUUCAAGGUGAAGGAGUGGGGACUCUUUGAAGGCUAAGGUCAAGACAAGAGAUGUCAUGAGGAUAUGCCUUUAAUGAAAACAGGUGUCAAACGGAUAAGAGAGAGAGUCGAUGCUGGAGAUGAGUUGAAUCAUAGGACAGAAGAAAGAUUUGGAAACGACCGGAACGUGUAGGGAGUGAUGCAAGGAGAAAGGUAAAUAUGUAUACGGGUCAACAUUCGAAAAGAUGGAUAGCAGUACGUAGUCGUUAGUUUAGCAACAUUCCUCAUAGAGGUAUCUAGAAAUCACAGUCCAAGAGUAU